CAGGUUCUGGAACACCGGGGCUUUCAUGCUGCAUUUCAAAGAUUGUCGCGCAUUCCAGGAAUGUGGCCGGGACUUGUGGUAGGAACCCUUCACAAACUCAUCAGCCUGAGAUGCGACGAGGAAUUACUGAAUUACCUCCACUUCAUCUAUGAUACUUGGUUGCAACUCGCCGGGGGCAACGAAAGUGAAUUAGAGAAGAUCGACUGGAUUACUGUCGAAGCUGUUCAGCUUAGGUGUCCGAGAUUUUCUGCGUCAGAUGAGCGAGCGCUCCGUGGCGUCAUUCUCAAAGGCGACAUCUUCGCUAGUUUCGGCCAUGCCGAGCGGCAAGCAGUAUUUGCGACGUUGUGCUCGUUCGAUUUCCCAGUUCCAUCUCUGUCAACCUUUUUCAAAGAUCUCGGAUAUCUCGAACGGUGCGGCAAUAGCAUGAAGCAUCUAGUC